UGCGCCCCACUUGAUUGCAACCUUGUGCUUUCUCCUUCUGGAUGCCUGCCGCGCCCCUUGCUUGCAUCGUCACUGCACUGUUGGAUCUCGGUCGUCGAACUCGGCAGCCUGGAUGUCGCAAGACGGGAACUUCCCAUUUUUUUCAUAAACACUUUUAGUUCUCCAUCAAUUCUUUAUCUACCCCCUUGCCAAUUUGCUGGCAAUUUCUGAAACCAAUUGUUGCAAAACACCAUUGUUUGCCAUGGGCAACGAUACCAUGAUCACGGAUGAUUAUGUCGCCGAGCUCCUUGCCAAGGAAGCGAGCGAGGCCUCGAUAAAGUAUUCCUCCAUGGGCCUCGAAGCUUUCAGAUCGACAAAACCUGCGAACAAGGCAAAGCCAAAUACCAACUUCUUGACUCGCAUCAUUCGCGAAACCGACUCCCACAAUGCCGCAAUCAAGGCCAAGGAAGCCGCCGAGGCGCAGGCGCGACUGUCCGGCUUAGAAGAAGCAGAAGAGAAGAAGCGACUUAAAACCAACCCUUCGCUACAGGACAUACGACGACGGCAGUUAGGCGCAAUAUCCUCGUUACUUUCCGGGCAAAAGCAAAGGCGUGGGACUGAAGAAGAUGUUCGGUCGAGCGCCAGAACGACGUCUUCCAAAGAUCACAAGGACAGGAAAUCUAGCGACAAGGAAAAAUCGAAGCGGGGCGAGAGUCGACGUUCGGAUAACGAGGAUACAAAAGAUACAUCGCGAGAAAGGCGCCACCACCAUCACCACCACCGACAUCAUAAGGAUGAAGAGAGGUCCUCGCGCGAGGAACGGCGGCACAGAGACAGAUCCAGAUCGCGCUCUCCACGACACCGCGAGCGCAGACACCGACAUCGGUCUCGUUCCCCGCUCAGCAGCGACCAAGAAGGCGCGAAGCACAGCCGCUCGUCGCUCAAGUCCCGAAGCAGCAGAUCCGAAAAGGAGAGCCGUUCCCGCAAGGACCGUGACAUAAUUCCAGAAAAAUCAUCUACUCAUAGACGACACGGCCGGCUGGCCGAAAAAGAGCUAUCCGAAAACGAAGAUUCGGACCCGCUUGAGGACCUCAUCGGGCCAGCAGCACCGCCUCCUGUUGAUGCUUACCCCCCACCUGUUCGCACUCGUGGAAGAGGAGCAGGAAGGGGCGGAGCCGCCAUGGACGGAAGAUUUGCGAACGACUACGACCCAAGUGAAGACAUGCAGUUGGAUGAGACUGACCUCAAGGUCUCCAAGAAUGACGACUGGGAUGACAUGGUGGAAUCUUUCCGUGACCGGCAAAAGUGGCUCAAGCAGGGCGCGGACAGACUUCGGGCUGCUGGCUUCUCGGAAGAGGACAUCAAAAAGUGGGAAAAGACCGGUCCCAAUGGGGAGAAGGAUAUCGAGGAUGUCAAGUGGACCAAGGCUGGGGAGAAGAGGGAAUGGGACAGAGGCAAGGAGGCUAACUAGGCGAAAUCACUUCCAGCGUCAAAUUUCAAGAUCUGGAGGAAAAAACUGGCAAGCAACUCGUUUACAUCAUGUUGAGGGGCGUUCUUUGUAUUAUUGGUAUGGGUGGCUUCCUUGGGGUUUAGCAUUACAAAGGGAAAGGUGUUUAGGCUGCUAAAAUGCGGUGAUUCAAAAUGGUCGCCUAUGGGAUUUUUUUAUGGUUCAAGCAAGCGUAAUAUCACAGGGAGCACGGCACAUUAGGGGUUCAAUGAUAUGUCUUAUUUGCUUUUCCUCCUAGCCCUUUCAUGUGAUUUCCCUCUGCUGCUCAGAGGUUCUAGACCAUCUCGCUCGUCUAUGUGGGUUAUUAGACUACACUAGUUUUCUAAACGUUCUGACUAUUUUCCUGAUUGUGUACCGGCCUAUAGUAGCUAUACCAAUGCCAACA